AUGCUGAAGCACGUGCUAGAUGCCGAAAAUGCUUCCUUGACCGAGACGCCACAGUCCAAGAGCUCCGCGACCUCACACGAGCAGCCCCGAGCGGGAUCUACCACUCAUAUCUUCACCACUCAGCUUCGCUCAUUAAGCAGCACUCUGUGGACAUACCCUACGCCAUCAGAUUCGCCAUCGAAUCUGUUCAGUUUCAAACACUCGCUCGUCGCGCUUACCAUCCCCCAGCUGACCCGCUUUGGCCAACAUCUUGCUCUACACUUCCAGCUUGUGUAUGAUCCUCCUAGAAAUGAAGCAGAUAGGACACUGAAGAACCAGCUUCACAAUGUCUAUCGUAUCGUGCAGGUCCCGAAGAGCUACACUCUGCGCCACAUCCAUCAUCUCAUCUUGUUCCUCUUCGCAACUGAUACAUGGUUGGAUGUACCGCCGACAGCCAAGGCACUGACGAAGCGGAAUCGAAGCAGGCAACUUAUCGACAUGAAGAGAGUUGCAGGCAAAGGGCUUGUGGGGAAGGGAGCACGGCGAGACACAGCACAGGGGAUAUGGCGGGGAAGGUCUGGUACGCCAGAUUAUUCAUUUGCCUUCCACCCGGCCGUCACUUCUGCGGUUCCGGAAGGCUGGAUCAGACACGUCUUCGAGAUACGCGGUGGUAUUCAGUUCUCCGGCUCGAAUGAGCGACCCAGGAUCAAGCCGAACACCGGACGGGUCCGCAAACGAGCGUCGAGCGUACGAGAACAAAUACUGUUCCGAGACCUCUAUGAUAAAGAGUGUGCUGCACUGUACCCAGAGGAAAGCUUUGCUUUCUCGAGUGCCAGCAGCGACCUGGAUGUUGUAUCGAGCGUGGAUGAGACCGGGUUCGAAGAUGACGCCUGUGGGACUGCAGGAUGGAUGUGGGAACCGGAAGAUGACUACACUCUAGAUAAAGUAUGGUGCGGUUCUGUCCAACUUGGACUGCAGGAAGGCAUCAUAUAUCGCCGUCUACCAGGCAUUUCAGUACAGAUUACCAUCAACAGGACGAAUAUUCCGGUGCAUAGAGGACGGGGCAACCAGCCUUAUGAUGGCACCCGAGGAAAGCAAGGAAAGGACACCAACUUGAUGUACCUCACAAAUGAAGUGUUCGAGGACGAAAUGGAGAACGAAGAGGAACGUCUCCAGAAGUGGCAUGACCCCAACACAUUCGCCCGCUUCCUGGAGCACGAGUCGGCGCGGGAGAUUACGUCUCGAAAAUCCUCUGCCGCGCCUGCGCUAGGAUUGGAGGACUCACCCGUGCUCCCGGAACAGCUCGAAACGACUAUGUCUCCCUUUUUUCCAUCCUCACCGUUGAUUUCGAGUGAAGCCACGUUGCCCCAGCUCUCUUUCGCCUCUCUCGCCUCGCAGUCCGACUACUCGUCUGUGUCGUCAUACCCAUCCCGCCACUCCUCUUCGGUCUCCCUUUCAGAUUUCCUCCUGGCGUCGCUGCCGGGGAUCACGCCUGCCCCGGCAAAUCCUAUACUCGUGUGUCGUGUGGCGCAGCAGCAUCUUCAUUUCGAGCGGCUCGCGAAGGAUGGACUCCGACCCAUGUUGAUCAACGGGCGGCGUGUCAAGGAAGAUGACAGCAAUAACAAUGACGAUGCCGACGACAAGGAUGAGAAGGGAGUUUCUGAUCUCAAGCCGCAUAGAAAGUCGCCGGGCAUUGUGAGAAAUGACAAGGAGGGAGGCGAAGCCAAGAAUCGUAGCCCACUUAAGGGACAUCCGAGAUACGUGAAACAGGGACGAAUUGAAAAUCGGAACGUGGACUCUAAGAAAUAA